AUGUACGGAGAUAUCCAAUUAGAACGCCAUUUUUCAAUGGCGAGGUUGAGAAAUGAGGAGGAUUAUGCUCUGACGAGAACAUGGAGCGAUUUCAAGCGGGUUAAACAUCAUCUGCGAGCAUGGCAUUACAUCCACCACCAAUAUCUUCGUCGGCCAUAUCGGCGAGGUCGAGCUCUCCGCUGUCUCCAUCUCUCUCUCCGUCAUCGGCCUCUUCUCCUUCGGCUUCCUGUAAUUCAGGAUUGGCUGAAACUGGGUUUUCAAAGCUCCAUUCGAAUGUUGAGCGUGGUUGAGACGCCUAUGAUGAACAUGAUUCCUGGUGGAGCAGCUGCCUGA